GCGAGCAACAUGUGCAGUUAACGAUGCGUCGUGCGUGUCAUGGUCAUGUCCAGGGCUCAUCGUGAUCAAGCUCACGCCCCGUCCUGCGUAUGUAUGCUUCCUGCCUAGCCUGGCUGCGAUGCUUCCCAUGCCAGUAUUCGCAUAGCCUGUGUCCAAUUCGAUUCGCAUCGUUUUCUUGAUCGACUCACUUCAACUUUUACUUCGCAGUUUACAGGGGUCUAAAGGUAAAUUCUUAAUCAGAGGCGUGUUGGCCUGUGGGGGUUUGGGUGGUUGAGUGGUCGAGGGUCUUCUUGAGUUGGGGCGAAUUGAGCUACUAGAUUCGUGUCGGAGAGCCUUUUGUGCAGUGGGUGCUGUCAAAUUUGGCUGUUGACCAAUUCUCCCAGGGAUGUUGUGUUUAACCGAUUCUGGGAGCUUGCAGGAGAUUUAGAUCUGGGUGGGUUUGAAUUAUUGGGGCUAGGAUUUUGAACGAUAAUUGGCUUCCUGUGUCGAAUAGUGGUUCGAAUAAUUGGGUUGCAUUAUGCCUUGAUGCUUCGAAUUGCCUUAGUUAUCUAGUAGCGGGAGCCUUGCUCAAUUUGAGGUUCUGUCGCGUGGUUCGUGCAGGAAUGAGUUUAGUGGUGCAAUCGUGCUAAGAAUUUUGCGUUUAGUUGUCUUCGGUGGAGUACGAGGUGGCGUAAAAUGUUGCGAUUACUAUGCGCUGUUCAGCAUUAUGAGUGGGGUCGCAUUGGUGCGGCUAGUGAAGUAGGCCGGUUGCAUGCCUUGGCGUCGGGGGAAGAUGUGGAAGAUAUACCUUAUGCGGAGCUCUGGAUGGGCACUCACAGAUCCGGGCCCUCACGGGUUGUUGCUGAGGACAAGUCGGAGGUCCUUCUCAAGGAUUGGCUUGAUACACAUCCUGAAGCACUAGGGCAGAACGUAAUAGAGCGCUGGGAAGGGGAGUUGCCUUUUCUUUUCAAGGUAUUGUCUGUGGCAAAGGCGUUGUCCAUUCAGGCGCAUCCUGACAAAAAGUUGGGUCAAUACCUCCACGAGACUCAACCACACAAUUACAAGGAUGCCAAUCAUAAGCCAGAAAUGGCCCUUGCCCUCACCCCUUUUGAGGCCUUAUGUGGUUUUGUCACUCCAGAGGAGCUUAAGCAAGCAGUGGAAACAGUGCCUGAACUUAGGUCAGUGUUGGGAGAGGCCACGAGUGAAGCUCUCAUCCAGCUUGGACAAUGCAAAGUUAGUGGAGACGAGUCAAAGCGAAAACUGAAAGAAGCAUAUACGAUUCUCAUGACCCUACGCAAUGAUGUGGUGUCUAGUACAGUCUCACAACUUGUCAUUCGCCUCGUCGAAGAGAAAGAGGUCCGGCAACUUACAGAGAAAGAGGAGCUAGUCCUACGGCUUGAGAAACAGUAUCCAGCAGAUAUCGGCGUGUUGUCAAUAUUUUUCCUGAACUAUCUGAGGCUUAGUCCUGGUGAGGCUGUGUGUCUAGGUGCCAAUGAGCCUCAUGCAUAUUUGUCUGGAGAGAUUAUUGAGUGCAUGGCGGCCUCGGACAAUGUGGUCAGAGCGGGCUUCACACCCAAGUAUCGAGACACACAGACACUGUGUUCAAUGUUAACUUAUAAGCAGGGUUUGCCUGAUAUGUUGACUGGCACACCUGUCAGUGCUUGUACCACCAGAUACACCCCACCAUUCGAUGAAUUUGAAGUGGACCACAUUGUGGUACCUGUGGGCGAAUCAAUCAACUUUGAAAAUCUUGGUCCUUCUAUUUUCAUCGUCUUUGAAGGGAUCGGUGUCGUUGCACAAUCUGACCGUCAAACUGUCACUAGUGUGAAAAAGGGGGAUGUCUUUUUUGUAUCUGCGGGACAGAACUUUGAAAUCGCUGCUACAGUGGAGGUGGACGAGGACGUUGCGCCUGCAGUACAAGCGCCUCUGCAUUUAUACCGAGCUGGGGUUAAUAGUUGCCUGUAUCAUACUCAUCACAAUGCGACGUGACUGGUCAGAAUGUAUGAAUUCAAACACUUCGUUGUGCACGUCCCUGAAAUGGUGAAAGUUCGAAGGUUUGGUUUCAGUCGACCGGUUUGUAAUCCAUCUCUCUCGCAAAGACGAGGAUGGUUUGUAGUAGGUUUAUUUUCAAGUAAUAUGACUAAAAGCUGUACAGUGAGAUAGAGCCGUAAGCUCAUUAUUGAGCUCGUGAAUGUAUUGAAGUAGUUGUAGAUUUAUAUGUAUUUACAGGUAUAUCGGGAGGAGUAGCACGGGGAUGGCCACGUGUGUGUACCGCUGUGUACUGUUUUUGACGGUUUUUCGUCGAAUUCGUGCAGUAAGAUCUCAAUCAACCACUUUGGAGAGCUAAAUGUAGUAAGAGCAAUGUACGAGCAGACUCACUUUGUACAUUCACGACUUGGUUACAACAUCCAGAUGCACUUUUGAGACUCUUCCUAAUUACAAGCUUGAAGAAGAGCCUAGUGUACUUCAUGGUAAACUUCCGCUGUUUAGGGAGUAUCAGCAAUUGGCAUUCUUAGAGACUUGCUUCACAGGAACAUUGUGUGGGUAAAGUAUGCAGGAAUCUAGCUGUAGGUGGGUGAGAAACUUGACUGAGGUUGGGGUUCCUCACUGUGUUGAGAAGGUUUCCACUGGUCAACGGCUACCCGUGGUCCAAGGCCAAGGAACGGAUAGUGGAUGAAUGUGAAUCUUGGAUGAAUUGAGGAUGAAUGGGAAAUGGCCUGGACUCGAAAUUUAAAAAAUAAAGAGAACUGCUUGUUAACAA